AUGGGCAUGUCCUCGGGUGGGGCAGAGUGUGGGGCGGGGUCAGGGGGCGGGACGGGAGACAGGGGAGGUAGAGGGGGCAAUGGAGCCUAUAGGUUGAGAAUCGGGUCAUGGAACAUAGGUUCACUAACGAGUAAGUCUAUAGAGUUGGCGAAGAUCCUUCAGAAGAGGAAGAUUAAUAUAGCGUGUGUCCAGGAGACUAGGUGGGUCGGAUCGAGGGCGAAAAAUGCGGAUGGGUAUAAGUUGUGGUACUCUAGAGUCCUGAGGGGUAAGAAUGGAGUGGGUAUCCUGGUAGAUAGCCAUCUUAGAGAGUCGGUGGUAGAGGUCAGGCGGGUGAAUGAUAGAUUAAUGACUAUUAAGUUGGCGGUGGGUGAGUGUACUUUAAAUGUCGUUAGCGCGUACGCGCCGCAAGCAGGCUUGGAUGAGGAGAUUAAAAGGCGCUUUUGGGAGGGGUUGGAUGAGAUCGUUCGUAGUAUUCCGCCAUCCGAGAGGUUAUUCAUAAGAGGAGAUUUCAAUAGUCAUAUUGGGUCGUCUGCAGGUGGUUAUACUGAGGUGCAUGGCGGCUUCGGUUACGGGGAGCGGAAUGGCGGGGGCACUUCGCUGUUGGACUUUGCCAAGGCAUUCGAUCUAGUAAUUGCGAACUCAAGUUUUCCGAAGCGGGAGGAGCAUUUGGUUACUUACCAAAGUUCGGUGGCGAAGACUCAGAUUGACUAUCUCCUCCUCAGGAGAUGCGACAGAAGGUUGUGCGAGGAUUGCAAGGUUAUCCCAGGUGAGACCCUCGCAACGCAGCAUAGGCUUUUGGUGAUGGACAUUGGUAUUAUGAUAAGGAGGAAGAAGAGGCCAGUACGAGGCCGUCCGAGGAUUAGGUGGGGCGCCUUGACUAAGGAUAAAGCUCAGGAGUUGGAAAGAAGGUUAUCGGCAAUGGGAGCUUGGAGAAGUAGUGGGGACGCAAACACUAUGUGGUCGACGACGGCGGACUGUAUAAGAAAGGCGGCGAGAGAGGUGUUGGGGAUAUCUUCGGGCCGCACCGGUGGCCACAAAGGAGACUAG